AUGGCUGCUUACGAGGCUCUUUAUAGCCGGAUGUGUAGAUCUCCGAUUUGUUGGGAUGAAAUAGGUGAAAGGAAGAUCUUAGAUCCAACUGUAGUACCGUGGAUUGAGGAGCCAUAUGAAAAGGUGAAGUUGAUACGCCAAAAGAUUCAAACAACUCAGAUCCAUCAAAAGAGUUAUGCAGAUAAUCGAAAGAAGGAUUUGGAGUUUGCAGUUGGAGAUCAACUUUUAUUUAAGAUCACUCUUCUAAAAGCGAGUUUGAUGGCAGGAAGAGAAAAGAAGUUACAACCAAAAUUUGUAGCACCCUAUAAGAUUCUCCAACGUGUCGGAAACGUGGCCUAUAAUUUAGAACAACCACCCAAUUUGUCUCAAAUCCAUAAUAUUUUUCAUGUAUUUAUACUCAAGAAAUAUCAUCCAAAUCCCUCCCAUGUACUGCAACCAGAAAAUAUCGAGAUUACCGAGGCACUAACGUAUGAGGAGAAACCAAUGAAACUUUUGGAUCGCAAAGUAAAAGAGCUGAGAAAUAAGCAAAUCCCUUUGAUAAAAGUUAUAUGGAGGAAUCACGGAAUAGAGAAAGCAACUUGA